UUGGAAUUCUUUAGUGGGGAUAAUCAAUGACCACUUACGAAGAUCCCAAAUCUUACAACUAUCAUUAAGAUAUUACAAAAGUAAUGUGUAAUGGUCUUAAAUCUUAAUGGAUUACACAAAAACUACUCUUAGACUAAUUUGAUCCUCCUCCAUCAUAAGCUGUAUAUAAAUAGAGAGUCCUUGUUCUAUCAAACAUAUCCAUCAACAAAAACCUCAUCUUUGAUUCUUGAUUUUGUAAGCAUCAAAAAAAAAAAUGGGUGUUAUGGAGAAGAAACUUCGUUCACUAAAAUGCGAAGUGAGAAUAGUAGAAGCAAGAAACGUAGAGAUCAAGUCUCAAGCUAGUAAUCUGUUCAUUAGAUUCUAUCUCUCUGCAGGAUACAACAGACAGAUCGAAGUAAACACGAGAGAGAUCUCUUCGAAAUCAGACCAACUCAUGUGGGAUCAAUCUUUUGGUCUUGAGUGUCAAGGGAAAGAAGCAGCAGUCCAAGAACUGAGGCAACAAAGAGUUGUUUUCGAGCUACGGAGGAAGAAACCAUCGUCGUUUCUUAGGAAGUCAUCAAGAUCUGAGGUUGUUGGGACAGGAGAGGUUUCAUGGGAAUCAGUUUUCGAGUCGCCGGGCAUGGAGAUUGAGAGAUUUGUGGUGAUGGAUGACUCCAAAAGUCCGGUUUUUAGAGAUGAGAAACCUGUGUUGUUGAAGGUAGCUUUAACAGUCCAAGCUUUAGAUGAAACGGAGAAGAAGUUGAACAAGAAAGAAGAAAGAUUAGAGAAGCUUUGUUGUGUGUGUAGUAGUAGAGAUUGUGGAAGCUGCGGUUGCUUAGAUUAUGAAGCUUUUGCUUUAGCCUGUGCUUUAGAUUGUAUUUAAAGAAAAA